AUGAGUAAUCGUGAUAAAAAAGCUCGUGAAAAUUUAAAUAAAAAAUAUGUUAAGCAAAAGAUUACUGCAAAUUCUAAUGAUAUGAUUAAUUUAGAAAAUCAAUUGAAGGAAAUACAACCGGAUUUUGAAGCCGAUAUGAUACCCAUAUCAUUUAUCAUUGUGUAUUUGUCCCGACAACGUAUUACUAAAGAAUGUGAAGAAGUUGUUAUUGAUUCAAUAUUACUUGAUGCACCAUCAAUAACACCAAUUAUUAAUUCUUCACGUACUAUCCAACAAUGGAUAGAUGUUAAUACUUCAAAAUCUGCUUAUAUUAUAUACAAAUAUAAAAGUGAUUUAUGUAAAAGUCAGAUUGAACAACAAAAUAAAAAAAAAAAAGAUAUUAGUCAAUCAAAAUCAUCAAUUACUAUUGAACCAAUUGAUUCUAUGUCAAAUUUAAGACAAAUAAAUGAACAACAAAAACUUCAAAUUGAUGAAUUAUUAUUAUCGAUUAAACAGAUUAAUGAGAGAAUUGAAAAACAAGAUGCAAAAAUUGAAAAACGAGAUGUUAAAAUUGCACAACAAGAUUCUCAAAUAAAAGUAUUAAAAUCAAAUAUUCAUUCACUAUUUAUUGCAAUUAAAUCAUUAACUACUUUAAAUAAAAGAAUAUUAAUAGAAAAAUUUCGAUUGUAUUUAGUAAACAAAUAUUCUGAUUUAUUUCAAAAUCAAACUGGUGUUCUAGUUACAAAUGAAACAAAAUACCGUGAUAUUUAUCAAUUCAUGUCCAACUUUUUGAAUGAUUUAUACCAAGGACAAGGUGCAUCAUUAAUUACAAGUGAAGAAGAAAGAGAAUGCAUGCAACAUGUACUUGGUAACAAAGGUUCAUAUUAUCAAAUAAUCAGCGAUACAUUCGUGCAUGAAGCUACUAAAGAAAGUAUCGCUGAAUCUGUUCUAUGUACUGAUACCACCAACAAACACAUAUGGAUAAACAUGUACAAAUUUGUAUUUGGUGAAGAACCUAAUUUAACUGAUAUUUGUACUUGA